AUGAAAGUUUCAACACCAUCAUAUACUGGAUGUAAUGAUUUUAAACAACAUCAUACAAGAUGGUUUAAAAUCAAAAAUUAUGAAAAUGUUCCUCUUCUUGUUAAUAUUUCAUAUUCUCCAAUUACUCAUCUCCACGUUGUUGAUUCAUGUUUAUUUCAAAAUUGUUUAUUAAAUUCUUUCCAAAAAACAUCUUCAAUUAUUCUUGAAAGUGAAUCAUCUGUUUAUCUUGCUUUCUUUACUUCAACUCCUCCACUUCAAUCAACUCUUCAAAUUGAUUCAUCAAAAUUAGAUAAAAUUAAAAUUAUUCAACCAAAUGAAAAUCAAAUGAAACAUACAACAUCUCAUAUUAAAAUUACAUCUAUACCUACUUCUGUUUUUUGUGGAAAUGAGUGUAAAAUUUCAAUACCUUCUCAAUCUAAAACAAUUAAAAUAGGAAAUUGUAAUAAUCAAAUUAAACAUAUUUCAUCAAUAUGUGAAGAUGGAAUUAAUCCUCUUCAAUUCUCAUUUUGUUCAAAUGGAUAUAUUACAUCUUUAUUAAAUAAAAAUUCAGGAAAGUGUAUUUUAUCACUUAGUCUUGAUAAAGAAACAUCUAUUUCUUUAAAACCAUAUAAAGAAAAAACAAAAAUACGAUUGAAUAAUAAUCAUUAUGAAGAAACUAUUGAUCUUCCAAAAAUUGGUGGAAAAAGACUAAGAAAUUAUGAAAUUAAUCUUCCUAAAGGAAAGGUAUUAUCAAUAAAUACUGUUAAUCAAAAUGGUCAAAUUAUUAAACCUUUCUUAUCAAAUACAAAAUCUUCUAGUUUUCAUUGUAAUAGUAAUGGUGUUUGUUCUCUUUUUAAAAAAGCUUCAAAAAAUGAAAAAGUCAAUAUUGGAAUUGGUUUGCUUCAUUUAUCUAAUUUAACUAAAAUUGUAAUUCAUCUUGGUGAUACUCCAAUUAAAAUAUCUCAUUCUAUUCCUUUUACUACUACUCAACCUCAACUUAAUUUUAUUCCUCAUCAACCUCAACUUAAUUUUAUUCCUCAUCAACCUCAACUUAAUUUUAUUCCUUAUCAACCUCCUCAAAAUACUCCUCAAAUAAUUGAUGAAUAUAAAGAAGGUGGUUCAAAACAAUAUGUUUUUAUUUCAAUUGGUAUGGUUUUUUUCAUAUUAGUCAUUGGAUUUAUCUUCAUUAUGUUUCGUCCAAAUUCAUUAUUUAGAUUAUUCAAUUAA